ACGUUCACAUCAGUUUGAACUUAUCUUCUCCCACUGCUGUAACGAGUCGAGUGGCUAUCUGUUCACCAUUAAACAUCUGUUUGAAGCCUAGUCUUUUUCCAUUUUCGUGGUGUUCUGUGUCGUAAAUCUCCGAAGAAGAUGUUGCAUGGCCUACGGGAUUGUUGUGUAUUUUUGAUAGCGUACACUACACUGCUAGGCGUACUUUUAGCAACUAGCUACGCAAGCGAGUACAAUUACAUACCCGAUCCAUCUGAACUCGAAUGUCCCGGCAACGUAACCUACCGGGCGGUAACGCUGACAGCCUACCAUCCGAUGUUUGACUCGGAUAGAAAACGCGACUAUCUGGACGCCAGCAACCGGAAGCUGUACACGCUGCAAGAGUACCUAGAUAACCGCGCACCGUAUGUGACAGUUGGAAUGGACCCAACACUUCACCUUCCGUACGGCAAGGAAGCCUGCAUUCCUGAGCUGAAUCGGCACUUCCGGCGCGCUAUUCGGUUGCAGGUGCGUGACACGCACGAGGAUCUCACCGGUGGUGGCUUUCGACGGGUGGACGUGUGCGUGCGAACGCAAGAAGACAGCUACGAUGAUGUUGUGAACAUGCUGCACGUAACACUUGUACUCUGAGGUGGUGGU